AUGCCAGCCAAGACUAACGGUGUGGGCGUUCAGGUGGAGGAUACCAAGAUAUGCGUCGUCAUGGUUGGCCUGCCCGCUCGGGGCAAGAGCUUCAUCGCCCAGAAAGCGCAACGGUAUCUGGGUUGGCUCUCCAUCAAAGCCAAAACCUUCAACGUCGGCAGCUACCGUCGCAAAGAAGACGCCCACCCCUCGGCGGACUUCUUCGACUUUCACAACACCGAGGGUGAGCGCAGACGUCGCGCCGCGGCUGAGAAGGCCAUUGAGGAUAUGCUCGCCUGGUUCCGCCAGGGCGGUGUCAUUGGCAUUCUGGAUGCCACUAACUCUACCAAGGAGCGCCGCAAGUGGGUUCUUGACAUCUGCACCAAGGAGGGCAUUGAGGUCCUCUUUGUCGAGAGCAAGUGCGACGACGAGAGCCUCAUCAUGGCCAACAUUCGUGACGUCAAGACCACUUCGCCCGACUACCAAGGCCAGGACCCUGAGGAGGCUGCGCUUGACUUCCGCAACCGCAUCCGCAACUAUGAAAAGGUGUACAAGACGCUCGAUGAGGAUGGCGACGAGAACGAGUACACCUACCUCAAGAUCAUGGACGUCGGCAAGCAGGUCAUCAUCAACCGCAUUCAGGACUACCUCCAGAGUCGCGUUGUUUACUACCUCAUGAAUCUUCACAUCCGGCCCCGCUCCAUUUGGCUAUCGAGACACGGAGAGUCCAUGUACAACCUGGAUGGCCGCAUUGGCGGCGACACCACGCUCUCUGCUCGCGGCGAGCAGUACGCCCGAAAGCUUCCCGAGCUUGUCCGCAAGUCAGUUGGUGACGACCGUCCCCUAACUGUCUGGACUUCGACACUCAGGCGAACCAUCGCUACUGCUCGCUUCCUCCCCUCCGAUUACAACCAGCUGCAGUGGAAGGCGCUCGAUGAGCUUGACUCUGGCGUCUGCGACGGCCUCACUUACCAGGAAAUCAAGGACCAAUUCCCGGAGGACUUUGCCGCUCGUGACGACGACAAGUACAACUACCGCUACCGCGGCGGCGAGUCGUACCGUGACGUAGUUAUCCGUCUGGAGCCCAUCAUCAUGGAGCUCGAGCGUAGUGAGGACAUCCUCAUUGUCACUCACCAAGCCGUGCUGCGCUGCAUCUACGCUUACUUCAUGAACAAGAGCCAAGCUGACAGCCCCUGGAUGAACGUACCCCUGCAUACGCUCAUCAAGCUCACCCCGCGUGCCUACGGAACCGAGGAGGUGCGCUACGAGGCCAACAUUCCGGCAGUCAGCACCUGGCGCGGCAAGGGUUCCACUGCCAAGCACGAGAACCCUACAACGGAGUGUAUGUAA